AAUGUCUUAGCUGGAAACCGGAUUCUAUACGCUUUAGAGUUUGCUGAGGACCAACUUCUCGUCCCGUUAUGGUGUGACUUCACAAGAGCCCUUUGAAAUGGACUUGUCUUACGCCUACUGGUUAUGUAUAUAAGGAUUUUAUAUGUGCUUGACAUCGUUCUGCUUACUUUUAUAGCACCUCAGUGUAGGUCUCCCCUUGGACAGAACCGAGGAUUACGUUAGCUUGGCAGCCUAGGACCCCUGCGUGUUAGCUGCUCAAAAGAUCGAAGCCUUUGAGCGCUUAGGAGACAGAGAGGCCCUUUGGCUCUUGGAGACCUUGGCGUUGGAAUGCGGGCAGCGCCCGAUGCCUCAGGACGAUGGCAACAGGAUGGAUCAGCGCAGAAUUGCUUCGCAAUGUUAGAGGCUAUAUAUACCCGCGCGGGGAGUUCAGCCCCUGCCAGUUACCCUCAUUGCGGAGGGGAACCGGCACAACCGAGUCCCGCGCAAAGAACCCUGCGCUCGCCGCCGCUCAUGGCACCAGCGCCAGCCGACACUGGCUUUUACGGCUUCACAUCUGAAGCCGGAACACCGGCGGAAUCUUCGGUAGGUGCGCCUGCAGCCUCUGCUGGCUGGUGCAUCGCCUCUGGAGGCGGAGCACUCCUUAGGCCGAGUCCACGGGGGUUUCAGCCCCACGCCAACAUGGUCGAGCCUUCAUGCAGCGUAGCUCCUGCUGCGUCAGCAGGCCCCGGCGUCGCGGCUGCGAGGCAGCAGCAGAGCGGCAUGGACGCCCGCUGUUCGGCUUACGGGCUGCAGCCGCAGGCCUGCCCGCCUCACACGCUGCGGGAGGCGUUAUGCGAGCUGCGGCCGCGGCAAGCACAGCAGCAGCACCAGCAGCAGGAGCGGGCGCUUCUGCGGCACACCUCACAGCCCAUGCCAGGGAGUGCCAUCUGCGACCCUCAGCAGCAGCAACAACAUCAGCAGCAGCAGCACCGGGCCGUUAGCCCUACCAAGGGCUGCAUGGGUGGCAACGGCGCAGGAGCCUCCACGCUGCAUUCCCAGUUCAGUCCGGUCCGCUCGUCCAUAGUGCCCUUCCUUGCGUCUCAACUGGGCCAGCUAGCGGCCGCGAGUCAGGCUCCCGUGGACUGGUACAAGCACAAGCCGCCCACGCCCCAGCAAAUGCAGCAGCAGCCACGACAGCAGCUGCUGCAGCAGCAGCAACAGCAACAGCAGCAGGUGUGGUCUGUAGGCAAGGCGCCUGAUCGGAACCCGGGCUUGGGUUCACUUGACUUCCGGGGAGCUACUCCACAUCGCCCGCCGCAGCAGCACCCACACCACCACCAGCAGCAACCCCAGCAGCAGCAAACGUUUGGACUGGCGCCAACGGAUACCUCGCAACGGGGCCCUUCUGCAGGCAGCGGCGGCGGCCCGUCGCAUCCCCUUUCAUUGGCACCUGGGCCCUCUGGCAGCCAUCCAACCGUGGGUAGAGAGGCCCCUCCGCAGCAGCAGCCAUCACAACCCCCCGUCCUUGCUCCGCAUGUCCGGCAAUCGCAGCAGCCACAGGCCGCCUCGUGGCAGCACUCCAUGGCCCAUGGCUCGCAGGCACGGCAGCAGGCGCCCCUGCAGGGUCAGUCGGCUCAGUCGCAGCAACGCCUGGCGGGUUCACGGCAGGAACCACAGACGUGCCAUCCACAACAGCUAGCGCAGAUGUGGCAAGCAGCGGAGCUCCCCCAGCGGCACUUACCUCAGACGCGCGACCAUGCACAGCAACCAGCACAGCCAUGCUACGACUCAAACGCAGGUGCAUGGUCUUUAGGGCAGCAGCAACAGCAGCAGUAUCAGCAACAGCGGGUGGGCUUGCCGAGCUGCCAAACAGUUCCGGAUGGCGGCGGACAGCAGCUGGUGGUUGCGACUGCCCGUGUUGUGUCGUCUCAGCCCUAUCAGCAGGCACAGCAACCAGCGCAGAGCCUCGCCUCCGCCUUUCCCGCAAGCUCCGGGCAUCUUGCUAGCAGCCAACCGACAGCCCCAGCUCACGCUCCUGGAGCCUCGCAUGGGGUAGCAAGUGCGGUCUCCCAGCACGAGCAGCAGCAGCAGCGGCAGCAGGCGUCUUUCGGACCGCAUCCAACAGCGCCGUCACAGCCAACGACCCAACAAGCUGACUACGCUCACAGGCAUUGUAACGGCCUCUCCGCCAUUGCCAGCACGCAAGGUGCACAUGAGCAGCUGGGACAGCUGUCGCAGCAGCAGCAGCAACCAAGUCACCAACAGCAGCAACUGCAGCCGCACAGGCACCAAGAGCAGCACCAUUCGCGGACCGCAGCUGAGCCUUUCCUGCAGCCGCAGCCACCGCACUACGACAGCCGGGCAGCUCAUCCUCCUCACCGCCCUCCUCACCCUCAUCAUCAUCACCACCUGCCGUACGCUGAACAGCAGCAGAACCAGCUGUCGGGGCAAGACAGCUGCGCCACGCCUGACGGUGCUGCGCAGGAGGAGGUUGAGGGAGGUGCGGUGCUAGGAGGGGGAGGCGGCACGUGCACAGUCACAUGCAAGCCCGGCGGUCCGGGGCCGCAACGUGUGGUGCAGGAGCCUCCUCAACAUGGGCCGCAACAGGUGCCACGCUUUGGAGCUGCGCCUGCAGCCAGUCAGCCAUCGCUGCCCCCAGCAACGCGGUUGCAGCCGCAGUCGAAUCAACAGCAGCAGCAACAACAGCAGCUGCAACAGUUGAAUCAACAGCAGCUGCAACAGCAGCAGCUGCAACAACAGCAGCAGCAACAGCAGCAGCAACAACAGCAGCAGCAACAGCAGCAGUGCUAUCCGGCUGGGCGGGUGUCGCAUGCUGUUUCCCAGAGCUAUGAGGACUUGGACGCGAACACCUACCAGCAGCUGGUUCUCCUGGAGUAUCAGAAGCAGCUGAGGGCGCAGCAGGAGGCAGCGGGGGGUGGUAGCGGCCGUGGUGCUGCUGCUGCUGGCUCAUCGGGACUGGACCCAACACACUUGCUGCUGCAGCGCCCGCUGCUGCCGCUGUUUAAGACCCAACGCGACCCGCCAGCUCCACCACAGCAGCAGCACCCGCAAUACCUGCAGCAGCAACAAGUGCAACCGCAGCAGCAGCCGCAACUGCUCUCAGGCAGCAUGCAGCACUCGGGAGCAACAGAAGCUACAUCAUCAUCAUCAGCAGCAGCACAACCGCCAGCAUCAGUUACGGGGAGGACUCCCGCCUCUGGCUGGGCGUUGGGCGGUGCGACCAGCAACGCAACCGGCGGCGCGGAACGGCUGCAUGCACAGCUGCACCCCUCGGCUCUGGCGCUUCAGGCCUUCCAGGCUGAUUUGCAGAGGCUGCAACAACAACAAGAACGUGAGCGGCAGCUGCAGCAGCAGCAACAACAACAACAGCAACAGCAAGAACGGCAGCAGCUGCAACAACGGCAGCAGCAAGAGCGGCAGCUGCAGCUGCAGCAACAGCAUCAAGAACGGCAGCAGCAGCAGCAGGCCAACUGGUUCACUCAGACAUUGCAGCAGCAGCAACAACAAGGGCAACUGCCGCAGCAACAACAAGGGCAACUGCCGCAGCAGCAACAAGAGAAACCGCCGCAGCAACAACAAGGGCAACGCACGCUGCAGCAGCAGCAACAAGAGAAACCGCCGCAGCAACAACAAGGGCAACGCACGCUGCCUGCUGCGGCUUCUGGAUCGCAGGCCGGUGCUGCUGUGAACUGGCAUUCGCGGCAAUCUCAGCCGCAACUGACCGUAGCGACAGCCUCGAUGCCUCAACGUGGGGCGGAGAGCGCAGUCUUGAACACCGUGCGACAGCUUUCCCUGCAGCAGGUUAGCACCGAGGUGUUUGGGCCCGGCAUGGAAAUCUGGAAGCACUUGCUGCAGAAACAGCAACAAGGCAAGCUGCAGUCGCAGCAGCAACAGGGGCACCAGCAGCCGCUGGGGAUGCAGCAGCAGCUGCAGCAGCAUCCAAACCUGAUCCUCCAGCAGUGGCAAAAGCAGCAGCAGCAGCAGCAAUGCUUGCAACAACAGCAGCAGCAGCAAUGCUUGCAACAACAGCAGCAGCAGCAAUGCUUGCAACAACAGCAGCAGCAGCAGCAUUCGCUGUCUCAGCAGCCUCAACAGCAACAGGCUGCUGCUGCGGUUGCUGCACUUCCUCCCGGACCUUCAGGCACGGCAUUUGACCGACCUUCCACGCAUGACUACGCAUUAUCGGUUAUCCCAACCAACCCAUGCAUCGACAGCUGCAACAACCUGGGCCCAGCGGCUCACCCUCAUCACGCCCCAAUCGGGCCACACCAUUCAUCAUGCAGUCCUGCCGCCGUUGCCCGAACAAGCAACCAGAAUCAGGGCCGAAGCAGUAACAGCUCAGCUGUCAUGGGGGUCAACCCCCCGCCAAGCUCUCUUCGGCCCUCUCCGCCGGCCAUGCCGCCCCACAUGCAUUCCCCGCCACAGCUCAGCCCUCCGGUCGCGUACGGAACGGCGGCCACGACAGCCACCGGAGCCGCCGGAGCAGCCGUCACAGCAGCAGGAGGCCAUGCCAUGACUGCCGGUGUGGUUUCCAGUAGCCACGAGGGCAUCCCGAUUGUGCAGCCGCCGCCGCACAAACGCCCCAGGAGGUCCGAGGGCCCCCUUCCCUGCGCCGCGCCGCUUCCAACGGGCCUCGGCACCCCUCCAGCAACGACCACCCCUCAUGCGGUUAUAACAGACGGGGGUAACUCCGCUGCGGUGGCCGCCAUUCGCGCCGUUGACCGGCUGCUUGCUCCCCUGCGCCGGCAGUCCUCGCCAGCAUCACCGCAGCUGCUGCCCCUUCAGCCGCCUCCAGCAACGCAAAGGCAGCAGCAGCGGCAGGACGCCUGGGGGUGCCCGCCGUCAACAGUUCUACCGCGGCAAAGCGGUGCUGCGGGUACGGCGGGUACGGAGUACGAAUCCGGAUCUGCAUCUGAGUCCGGCAUGGACGCGGUGGCGUUUGCAUUCGCCGCCAGCAGGAGUUUCGGAGCAGCCACAGCCCCAAUGGCCGCGACACAGCCGCCUCUUUCGUCCAUGCAGCAGCAUUACCCACAGCCCCACCAGCAGCGGCAACGGAAGCAGCAGCAGCAGGCAGCAGGCGUCAAGCGCGCAUCUCAUCCGGGAUCCGGGGUGCCGUCAGCCGCCGUGACAACCACGUCAGCAGCGCCGGCUGCGGCUACGGCGGCGGUGACCUCCUCAGGUCCCGGGAGCCGUCAGCGCACCCCCGAGCUGUCCAUGGAUGCUUACUGUACGGACAUACGACAACAGGUCGAGGAGGAAGAGGAACAGGCAGCGGCAGCGGCACGUAGGGAUAGCGGAUGCGCGCGCGCAUGCGCCAUCGACUUUUCCAAGCUGGGCAAACACAGGCUCAAGCCGCCGCCGGUCAUUCACCCUCUCCGACCGGGGCUGAGGUUGGCGCAGGCGGCGGCAAAUGCGGGGCUGUUGGCUGCCGCUGGCGGCGCCGCCGCAACGGGGCCGUCGUCUGCCACGGCCGCAGCUAUUGCCGCGGAAGACGCAGCAACUGCUGGUGGUGGUGAGGUGCCGCGUCGUCGAGGUGUGAAGCGGGGCCUGGUUCCGGCGGAGUUGAUUCCGCCCGUGGGCACGACAGUGGGGUCGACGGCGAGUGGCGUACGACUGAAGCGCGGCGGCGCGGGCGGUCGUGGGGAGGGCGCGGGCGCAGCUGCGGGCGGCAAGCAGCUGCUGAAUGCCUUGAGGGAGGCGAACGCGCUGAUUAACCAGAGGUUCGUGGUCCGCCGCUCCCGCAUCGCGCAGCUGGGUGUCUUCACCUCCACCGCCAUUCCCGCGGACACGCUACUAAUGGAGUACUACGGGGAGGGGGUGCGGAAGACGGUGGCCGACCUGCGGGAAAAGAGGUACGGCGCUGCCGGUCUGGGUUGUUACCUGUUCAGUCCUGCGGGGGCUCCGGAUGAGGUGCUGGACGCCACACACCGGGGCAACAUGAUGCGCUUCGUCAACCACUCCUGCGGCCCCAACUGCGUGACCCGUACGGUGGUGGUGGAGGGUCAGCGCCGCAUCUUCCUGUGGUCCCUCACCCACUUGCCGCCCGGCACCGAGCUGACCUACGACUACAACCUGAGCACCGACCUGUGCAUGGAUCUGUUCAAGGGCAUGCCGGAGGAGUACGUUGAGAAGGCGGCGCGGCAGAUCGGAGUGGAGCUGUUCCUGUGCCAGUGCGGCUCCAAGAAGUGCCGCAAAUUCCUGUAGAGGUUGCAGAAGGGAGGGCAUCUGUCGUACAACUCUCCUGUUGACGCUCCAGAAGUGAGGGCAUUCAACCCUCCUGUAGACGUCCCAGAACGAAGUGAGUAGACAUCUGUCGUACGACAACUCUCCUCACUCUUCCAUGCGUAGUACACUAGGCAGCUGACAGGUUUCUCCGGUACUUUUGGUUGAUACGUUUGGGAUUGGAAUAGUUCCGUACCUGUUACCGUAUCGCAGAAGGAAGCGUCUUAGGAAGUUGGGUAAUCCCCAGGUUGCAAAGUUCAUGAUAUUUUACAAGGACUGCAUAGUUGAUGUGAGACGUUGGUCCAUGUUGCUGGUUGCAUUACGCGUGGUGCAUGUGUGUGUGUGCGUCUGUGUGCCCCUGCAUGUGCUUCGAGGAAGCGCAACUUACUGCCAUCACUCAGAUGCUUUUCGUACCCGAGAACGCCCCGACACAUACACGUGCUGACAUACACAGGUUUUCGGACUGUGUGAAAAGGAAACUGUGUCGUACGCUGUUGCUUGGACCGCAUGUGGUGCUGUACGGUACUUCCAAGAACUUCUAAUCUAUGUCCGUCGCUUUGAUUGAUUUACCUAACAAUCCCUUCACUCGCUGUUCCACGGCCCCAUUCCAGCGUAAUACGGGUAGUAAAGGGGCACCUUUUGGUUAGAUUUGGUAGUAUCGGUUGGGCGCAAGUGGGUAACAUAACACUACGCACCUGUGUUGUUGCUGGAAGCUCUCAGUGGGCCGAUGACAGGACCCGAUAUCACUUCGUAGGUAGCUGUGUUAAGAUAACUGGCCGCGAGGCGGAACGUACUUUGUGUGCUGUGUAUGCGGUUGUAAGGAAAUAGCCAGGCAGGCAGACGGGUAGUUGAUACCGGUAGUGAGCUUGUGGUGGCCCAGAGGGCUUGAAACCGAGGGAUGGUUUUAGGGAUGUGAAUGAUAGGGGUGUAUAGCCCGUAAGCAACGACUGUCAACUCAGCAAACUCUUAUGUCGUUAUGGCUUCCUCCUUGUUGUGCUUGUUUGUGUGUUUGGUUACUGCGGUGCGGAAAUGGGGGUCAGGAAGCAGCUUCGUUUGGGAGGGGGAAUAGGUGGGUAUAUCCGGUGUCUCAUGAUGCUGCAAUGUGUUGCUGGGUGGGUGGGGGACACAUGACCGCGGCAAUACAGGGAGCGGGCAAUCGGGCACCUAGGCAGGCGGGCGGGGAGGUGAGCAAGCAGUACAUGCAUGCUAGGGAAGGGAGCAGUCGCCGCCGUACAUGCCGCUUGCUGGGUGGGGCCUGCUGUGGCUGUGGGUAGGACCGCUAAGGCGACUGUGCAGGUCAUGGGCAUGGGUAGGAAUCUUUAAUAGGCUUUGGGCAGGAAUCUUACCUAUCUUAGGCUGUGGGUACAAACCUUCAACAGGCUGGGGGUAAGACCCUUAGGGCU